UUAUACAUCUAAAGGGUCGUCUUGCCACGGUCGUCUUGCACAGAAAAAGGUGAGCAGGACCGGACUGAGCCGUCUUACACAAAGCAAACAUGACCGGUUUGCUAGGCAUCGGUCCAUCGUCUACUCGUCCCAACGCCUACUCGUCCCGUGGCUCCCAGGGUUUCGUGACUUCGAGCCCUUUCACGAGCUCUCGUCCUGGGACGCGCAGCGGGUGAGGAACAAUUGCCGGGUGCAGGGCGAAGCCUGCUUCGUGGUGCAGAUCAAGGAUGGGAAGAUGUACGUGGCAGAGGAACAGGCCGGCUUCCAGAGUCGGAACCACCUGACCAUGGCGAUGCUCUUGCGCGUGAGCGCGAAGUUCUUUCCGCUGCCCGACGCGGAGUUCGUGGUGGACACCAGCGACGGCUUCAGCCGCAUCGAGGCGCCGCUCUUCGUGAUUGCCAAGUUCCCAAGCUCCAGAGGUGGCAUUCUUUACCCAGACUUUUCUUCCUACGCCUGGCCCGAAUCUGAAUGCCCCUCGGAGCCCUUCGGUUCUCACGUUUGGUCUGUGGCGUACUCGAAGUUGCUGGACACUGCACCACCAUGGCACCAGAAGACGGAGCAGUUGUUCUGGCGCGGAGCAGCAACCUCCGCCUACAGGAAGCAACUCGUCCCACAGAUCUCCCAGCUGCAGGGUGCCAAUGUCUCAGUGAUGCGCUGGAUCGUGGGGCAAGCUGGGCAGAGGCAGGUGGUGAGUAGCGGCGAAAAGACCUGUGUUCCCAUUGAGGAAUGGUGUCAGCACCGGUUCCUGGCCAACUUGCCGGGAAACACCAUGGCGCUGGCCCUGAAGUAUCGCUUGCUUUGUGGAUCGGUGGUGAUGACCAGCCCAUUGAUGUAUCAUGAGUGGUACUAUUCACAGUUGAAGGACGGUGAGCACUACGUUGCUCUGGACCUGUCGUGGUCUUCCGCCGCCGAUGCCCUAGCCCAGUUGCGCAGCGAGCGCGUGAAGCUGGCCGAAGGCAUUGGCGCCCGCGCGCGCGAGUGGGCGAGGACGCAUUUGACGGAUGAUGCCUUCGACUGCUAUUGGCUGCACUUGAUUCGCAUGGCCAGUCAACACUUCCCUCCGCCCCAGCUGACGCCCAGCUCCCGCCCCGUGGAAGCUCUCCUGGCCGCCAGUGCUGCUGGUGCGAGUGCGGCGGCCACAGCGCAGGAGAGGCGGAGCUCCUUAGAUGUGAUCAUCGUGAUCCCUGCGCGUGCAGGUGAUGAGGCACUCAUGGACCAUGCAAGGAACACCUGGUUAGGUGAGGUGCAGGAUUCCAAGCUGAGCACAAGGCAUUUCUUCGUGAUUUCCCUGAGAGAUCCCGAUGUGGAUGGCCUACGAAGGGCCGAAGAUCUUCUGGUGGUUGACUGUGAACAUGGCUAUCGACAGCUGAUGCAGAAGAUGGCUGUAGCAUAUCGGAUUUUGUUGGAUCGCUUCGUCGUUCGCUUCUUUAUUCGCGCAGAUGUGGACUCUGUCCUGCCCUUGCAGUACUUGCUGCCCCUUCUUCCGCAUGCCUCUGCUGGCCAGUCGCUCGUGCGUGUGCCAGACGUCUCGGGCUGUGGGGGAAGUCCCGGUCAUGCCGCGCGGUGGAAGAUGCCAGCGGUGGGGCGCUUGCAGUGUCAGAUCGAGUGUGCAAUGGACCGGGGGUGCCACUUUUUCCAAGUCAGUGAAUCUGGGGAUUGCGCCACCUUUUCUCAUUGCGAUCCAUUGCCUUCGCCGAUUGUGACCGGAGGAGAGGUCUAUCACUAUCGCCUACGUACAUUGGUGGGUGCUGAAGCGCUGGAUGAGGCGAACACCAGGCAGCGGCAUCCCUUCAUCCUGGGGACCAUCCUGCGCGGCAACGAGGUCCUGGUGAAUGACAGCUACAAUCCGCAAUGGAAUAACAUACGAUAUAGUCACGACCUGGGUUUGUCGGUCUAUCCGCCCUACCCAGAAGCCUCUGGAUACGCCAUGUCCGCAGAUCUGGCUGCGUUCUUGGCAGGCGUCGGUGUCGGGGAGCUCUCAACGUUGAGCUGGAAGGCCUGGGCGAUUGAGGACAGCGCUCUGGGCACCAUCCUGGCGGGGCUUCGCUUUGAUCUGCUGCAGAUGCCCACAGAAGUGCGGGAGCGUGUGCGUGUGAUCCGAGUCGAGAAAGAGUGAUGAUGGUCGUUUUUCA